GUUUGCAUUCCGCGUGCACUGCACAGUACAGUAUUGAUUCCGUGACGUAAUGCUCGAGUAAGCUUGAGAACGUAUUCAUUUGUUCGAAAGUAAUUGUCUAAAAAAUGUGGUACGAGGCGCUUCCACCAAUAAUUAUAAUCGGGAUAUUCUCAGCAAUCCCGUUUCAUGUUGCACCAUACAUUAACAAGUUCUUCAUUGGGAAUCCAAAUCUACGGAACUAUGACUCUGAUAUAUCGCACUUAGGAUAUACAAGGGAUUUUGAGCAGAAUGAGAGAAAACUUUGGAAAUUUAAUGGUCUGGAUGCCAUUCCUGAUAAAUAAGCUGUCACAUCAUCAUUUAUACUAUUCUGAUGUUUAGAGAAAUUGUUAUGUAAAUAUAAUAAUAAAGUACAUCUAUAGUGAA